AUGGCCGAACCUCAAGGUCCUUUGGAUACCAUCCCCAAAGUCAACUACCCGCCAAUACUGACAAUAGCAAACUAUUUUUCUACAAAGCAGAUGAUUGACCAAGUCAUCAGUGAGGAUCAAGACUACGUUACGUGGAAACUACAAAACCUACGAACGGGUGGUACACCAGUCAACAAUCAAUUAAUUAAAUAUCUGAAAUACAAAUACCAGAAAUCCAAGAUGAACCAGCAAGACCCGGACUCUAUCAAUAAAGUCCCUGAAAACCUAAUCUUUCCACAAGACAUCAUACAACAGCAAACACAAAACAACAAUUACGAAAACGCCAAUGGCAAUGAAGAUGUAAAUGAAAAACUUAAACAGGACGAGCAGUUCAAACUCUUGGUAACCAACUUAGAUAAGGAUCAAACUAAUCGGUUUGAGGUUUUCCACAGGACAUCUCUAAACAAAACCCAGGUCAAAAAGCUGGCUAGCACAGUAGCUAAUCAAACCAUAAGUGAAAAUAUUCGUGUUUUUUUGCAGGCAGUGGGCAAAAUAUAUGCCGGUGAGAUAAUCGAACUGGCCAUGAUUGUGAAGAAUAAGUGGUUGACAAGUCAAAUGUGCAUAGAGUUUGACAAGAGGACCAAAAUAGGCUAUAAAUUAAAAAAGUAUCUAAAAAAAUUGACUUUCUCCAUCAUAGACAACCAGCAAUACAAGCAAGAUUAUCAAUCCGAUAGCGUGCCCGAAGACGAGCCUGAUUUUUUCUUCGACGAUGAGGAAGUAGACAAGCGUGAAACUACACUGGGAAACUCAUUAUUACAGUCAAAAUCUUUACAACAAUCUGACCACAAUUCACAAGACUUGAAGUUACAACUCAUUGAGCAGUACAAUAAGCUUGUUCUUCAAUUCAACAAACUAGAUGUAAGCAUCGAAAAAUACAACAAUAGUCCCUUACUGCCCGAACACAUCCGUGAAGCAUGGAGACUCUACCGUCUGCAGUCGGACACUUUGCCGAACGCUUACUGGAGAACUCAAGGCGAAGGGCAAGGAUCCCUGUUCAGAUAG